AUGUACGUGAGCUACCUAUUGGAUAAGGAGGUGCCCAUGUACUCCAGCUCCGUGCGCCACUCGGGGGGGCUCAAUCUGGCGGCGCAGAACUUUGUCAGCGCCCCGCAAUACCCGGACUACGGAGGAUACCAUGUGGCCGCGGCCGGGGUGAACCUGGACAGCGCCCAGUCCCCGGGCCCCUCGUGGCCCUCUCCCUACGGUGCUCCGCUGCGGGAUGACUGGAACGGCUACGGGCAGGGGGGCCCGGCCGCUGCGGCGGCCAGCGCGGUGCACGGGCUGAACGGCGGCUCCCCCGCCGCGGCCCUGGCUUACAGCCCGGCUGACUAUCACCACCACCACCACCACCCGGGCCCGGCGCCCCACGCCGCCUCCGGGGUCAUGCAGCAGCUCAACCCGGGCGCCCCGGCCGCAGAACAGCUCUCCCCUGGCGGCCAGCGGCGGAAUCUGUGCGAGUGGAUGAGGAAGCCGACACAGCCCGCCCUGGGCGGCCAGGUUAAAACCAGGACAAAAGAUAAGUACCGCGUGGUGUACACGGACCACCAGCGGCUGGAACUGGAGAAGGAGUUUCAUUACAGCCGGUAUAUAACAAUCAGGAGGAAAGCAGAACUGGCCGCUACGCUGGGAUUGUCAGAGAGACAGGUGAAAAUCUGGUUCCAGAACAGGCGAGCGAAAGAAAGAAAGAUCAACAAGAAGAAAUUGCAGCAAUCUCAGCCCGGCGCGGUGCACAGCGGCUCGCAAGCGCUGAGCCCGGUCUCCUCCCUCCAGGGAUCAACGGGUCCUGGCCCAGCUGGGGGCGUCCUGGGAGCUGCUGGGGUCUUAGCGCCAUCAGUGACCCAGUGACCGCAGCCAGAGACUGAGUCGGGGGCGGGGGGGCUUCUGCCCUCCUUGGUGAACAGGAGCCCGACAUUCACAGAACCCACCGUGGAAAAGGUCACUGGUCACCCAAUGAAACGGACAGAGCCCAGGCUUUUCCCCUCUGUGCACUACAAUGGCCGCACUGACCUUCCUCAACCACACUCCAGCCGUUUGCUUUUUGUACAAAGUGUACAGUGUGUCUGUUUCCGUGGGCGGGGAUAUUCAUGAUCUCGUGUGUUUUUACACUGGCGUUUGCAAUGCAGUAAAUCCCACUGUAGCCGAGAGCUGAACCGCAAUAGUCUGUAAAUUCUCCCGCUGGUAAUCUCGGGGAUCGGUGCGCAUGUUUUCAUUACACAGGCUGGGCUAGCCAUGAAUUUUAAUAGCCAAAUGUAAAGCACAUUUGUCUGUCCCAACCAUAAACCUUCAAAAUGACCAUCUCGCCUUACAGCGCGGGAAGGUAAGAUAAGACACCGCUUAAAUGUUCCGAAAGGAAUUGCUUCACGUUAGCCACCUGUAAAGGAGCUCAUAAAUCUGGUGCUGGUUUAUUAGUUUUCUGCACUGCCUGAGCUCUCCAGCGAAACUGCAACUAGCUACACGUGUAAGCGCGAGGAUCGCUGCCUGCGUGAUACUAUUGCCAAAGGGGCUGGGAUGAGAGAGUUGAGAAAUGCACCCAGUGUAAUGUUCUGUUGUUUAAAUUAUGCCAUUCUCUUCUCCCUAACCGAACAGCUUCAUACACACAGGGGCCUUCCUGCUUUCCCAGGCUUUAUCCAAGCUUCAUUAUAGGGCCGAAAAUGAAGAGAAAGCCCCCAGGGGAGCCACUGGGCCCUAGGAAGGUUCUUCAACAAGCUGCCUGGAACACAGACAUUUGGGGGUUGGCACGUUUCAAUCUUUGUAUUAAAUGGGUGAGAAAGACCAAAAUAUGGAUUCUUUCCCCAGAUCUGGACACAGACAAGGGGGGGGGAGGAUCUCUGCAAUCUCUGGUCAAGCUUCAGUUUGGUUUUCACCGUUUUAUUGUAGUUUUACUCAACUCGUUAUCCAAAAUCUGGAAAAUUAGUCUUUGAAACACACACAGACCAAAGCUUUCCAGCCAGGUCGGAAACUCCAUGUCCUCAUUGCACCUGCCAGCGGAUAGGGACAGCUAGCCAGUCUAUACUCAGCGGGGCAUUGGCAAUAUACUUUACCCGGGAUUUGCAGUUACCAGUGCGCCAUGAGGGUGAAAUUGAUUUGACAUUUCAGACCUGUUAUUGCCCAUGGUAACAUGUGAGCUCCGGCCCCAACACCUUUGGCCAAAGACAGCAUUGGUGAGGAUUUGUUCAUGGUGCAAUUUUUAGUCCAUCAUCCCUUCUGGGACUCUGGUCAAUACCAAUAAUCAAAGGGGGAAAUAGUCUAUUAAAUGCUUCCUGCUAUUUUUAUUUAUAACCUUUCCAUGCUGGAGCAGUUUUAAAUACACUAAUUGCCCCGUGUCAUGUUAGAAAGGCUAUUAAUAACAUGAGUGGGUUUUUUUGCGGGGGGGGGCUCUUUUAUUACCAAUCUUGUUUUUAACCACGUGUUAGGGCUAGGACAGGCGUCUGCUAAAAACGGAGAGGUUGUAUAAGUGAUUGUGUAGCUUCGGUGUGAUUCCACGCAGUGGGGGGUUGAAGAUGUGUUAGAAAUUAAGGGUCUUCCAAAGAGGGGAGUCUAGUGCUGCAUGCAGGCUCAUGCCCGAAGACGGAGAAGCUGACUUCAUGUGCCAAGCAUGUGAAAUCAACAUGGGGCUUCCCCCUGGGCUCUGCCGUGGUUUUAAAGCCCUAGUCUCUUUUGUUAGUUGCUUCCAAUAUAAUUUGAUGAGCGGAGGUUUUGUUUUUGUUUGGAUUUUUGUUUGUUUGUUCUCUGGGUUGCAGAUUUUGUGUCCUGGUGUAUUUGGAAAAGGCAGCAUUCACCGAAAUCUGGCGGCUAACAGUGUGUGUCUGCGCAGAUGUAUACGAAAUGAGUGUGUGUGCGACUGAGCCAGGCGUGGGUCGCUGUUCCGUAGGAUGCGGUUUUUAUAAGGUGUGUGCAGCAUUUGCGGUAGUUGAAGACCUCGCAGGGUGGUUGGAAUACGGAGCUGGUCCUAUCCAUCGAAAAGCUCAUUUUAUACCCACUAAAAGCGCAGCUCCAGGGACUAGCCGCUGGACCCCGAAGCUGGGAGAGGGGAGUCCGUGGGGAGCUGUGUCUGCUAGGAGUCUCUUUGUGCUGUUAAAAGAAACAACCAGGGGGGAAAGGCUGGCCCGUGUGCAGGCCUUGGGACGCGGUCAACCCGGCAACGCUGGAUCAUCCUGAGCAAUCAGGACCGUCUCACCCACAACACUAACGCUCCACUCCUGCAGCGCUUCUUCAUCCCUGCGAGACAAGAGUUGUACCUGGGACUGCAGGAUCCGGCCCCAAUGAAAACCAAAGCCAGCCCUUCUCUCCCUGCCCCAGCCCGAGCCUGCAGUCCUCCCCAGCCAGGCAGGAGGAUGCGGGCUGGCCUGGCCUGGAAUGCCUGUGCCCAGCCCUCGCGGGGCGCGGGGGAAAACGACUCUGGCUCCGAGGGCGCAGCCUUUGCAAGGUUGCCCUCUGGUGCUGCAGGGGCCGCGCCCGCACGCCAUUGAUCCUCGUGCUCUGCCGGGGAGCUGGCGGCUGCUGCUGCUGCCUCAGUUGCUAUGCGUUGCUGUGUAACGCCUGUCAAUAAACCUUGUUUGGAUUGUGGAGCAGAGCGCAAGGUUUGUUUGCUUAGUGGUUAGAGGUUCAAAAGUCGGCAUUGUCCUACUGCGAACGAUCCCAAGUUCUUUCUCCCUCGGGAGCACUGGCUGCUGGGGAGGGGGGAGGCAUGUCAGUGUCUUGACUCUGGGCACAUUUAUUUGCUUCCCGGGAUAAUUAAUGGCAGAGCAAGAAAGAUGACUACUGAGUUAUGAAAGGCCAUCAAUAAGGAAAUUAAACACAACGGAUCUAUGGGUGCAAUACGCGCCGUUCACUGUGGUUUUGCUGGCAUUUUUCCAUUCUGCGGGAGCUAGGCUGGGGCGUCUCUGCUUGCAGGGCUGGCGAAGCCGUGGGAUUCCCGUUGCUAGAGGCCAGGGAAGGAAAUGAAAUAAAUACAUAGGGUGGCAAUUAGGAAAGCUUCCCUCUAGUGGAAUCUGUUGAAUAUAGUCUCCCAAGGAAAACGCUGGGCGCCUCACGUUUUGCCACAUUUAGCUGUGGUCUGCACAUGAUUUUUAAAACAGCUGGACGAGUGUCCUUUUUGAAGUUUGUUUUUCUCUUUGGUUUUACCUGCGAAG